AUGGACAAUUUAUUGUAAAAAUUAAACAUCUAAUAAUAAAGUGAGAAUAACAGUGAUCGCAAUAGUGGAAAUGAAAAACGCAAAUUUGGGGGGACAAAUAGAUAUAAAAAAAAGCACAAAAGACAUAGCAGGGUUUUUGAUGAUGAUUAUCUUUAAAAAGAGAAGCGUGUCUUUAAAUAGAGUUUACAACGACUGUACGAAGAGUCUUUUAUAAAAAACAUCAUAGAAAAUUCAUAUAUAAAAAAAUUAGGGUCAUUAAGUACGUAUCAAGUUUAGGUGCUUGAUGAUCUUUAAUUCGGAACAGAUAAAUAAAUAGAUGAUAUUGAUAAUAUUUUUUACAGUUUCUUUUCUAGUUAUUUGGAUAGGAUAUCUGUAAUAUAUCCAUAAAGCAAUUUUAAAAUAUUUUGGAACACACUUCAAGUAUCAACUUUCAUUCUGAUAUUCUUGUGGUUGCCAUAUAAAUUAGCUUUUGAAACCAAUUACAUUUCUUAAUUUUAUGAUGAAGAAAAAAAAAUGUCGAUAGAAAUAACUUUAUUUGUGAUUUGUGCUUUCGAUAUAUUUAUUUGUUUAAAUGAAGCCUACAUCCACAAAGGAAUUAUAAUCAAUCAGCGAUAUCAUAUCAUAAUGAAUUAUUUGAAAACCACUGCAUUAGCCGAUAUGAUAAGUAUAUUUGCAUUACUUUAUGAAUUAAUCAUAGUGCAUUAAUAUGAAAAUCAAUUUAUUGCCUUGCAAAUCAGUUUGUGUUUGAUAUUCGGAUUGAUAAAGACUUUUAAGAUGAAAUAGAUAUUUAAUUAAAUAUAAGAAUAUUUUAACAUCAAGGGCGUGUUAAAGGAUUGUUUAUAGAUGACUCAAAUAAUUUGUGGACUAAUGUACUUUAUACAUUUGGUAGCAUGUCUUUGGCAUGGAUUGGGAUAACCAACCAGUAAGUAUACAUGGUUGGAUAAAAAUAAUUUGAGAGGAGCCAAUGAUAGUAUAAGAUAUGCAGAGUCAUUGCAUUGGUCUGCAGUGUAUCUUACUAACGUAGGUUCUACUGAGAUCAAAAUAGCUAAUCACGAUGAGAAAUAUUUUGCUGCAGCAAUUUCAUUUUUAUCUCUAUUCAUAAUGGGUAUAAUAGUAGUUUCUUUAGGAUAUUUCUUCCAUAAAUCCCAAAGAAAUGAAAUAUAUUCUGAAUCAAUGAAGUUGAUGAAUAAUUUUAUGUCAAUGAAUAAAAUUGAUUUCAAUUUACAAGUUCGUAUUAGAAAUUACUUAGAUUACAUUUGCAAGGCAGAAUAAUCGAUGAUUGAUGAAAAUGUUUCAAACAUUGUAAACAAAUUAUCAGAGAGAUUAUAAGCAGAACUAAAAUAUCAAUUAAGAGCAUCCAUAUUAGAAUCUUGUGAUUUUAUUAAGAAGAAUUUUUCAGUGAAAUUUUAGUAAGCUUUGGUUCCCUUUAUGGAGGAGGUAAACACUAUCCCUGAAGAGAGGAUAGUAGAAAUGAACAAUAUUGACGAUUGUUCAAUAUACAUUAUAAACAAGGGAGAAAUGGAAGUAGUGUUUGAAGCAAAGAAUAAGAUGAAUGUAAAGUUCAAGAGGAAUAAUAUAAAAGUCUUAGAAAAAGGAGAAUAUUUUGGCUUUUAUAGUUUUAUUACAAAUUUGCCUAGGACAGCCACAGUUGUGUCUAAGGGAUUCGGAAAACUAUUUAAGAUUUCUAGAGAUAACUUUAUAAAUCUGUUGGAUCAAUUCCCAGACGAACGCGAAAUCUUUUACAUGAUCAAAGACAAAGUCAAAAUAAAUCAAGACUUGUCAGAUUUACAAAUCAAGUGUUAUGGAUGUAAAGCCAACUCUCACAUGGUCAAUCUAUGUCCAAUUUUACAUUUCAAUCCAAAUCAAGAUAGAGUCAUCAAAUAAUCACUCUAUCCUCAUCAAUAAGAACGAGACGAUCCUUAAUAGUAUAAUAAUUAUUCAUUAAUUUUCUUAGACCAAGGAAGUCCAAAUUCAUUAAUGCUUUGUUAUACCAAAGAGUAUCAGAUGCAAUUGAUUCAAGAUGAAACUCAAGAAGGAACAUAAGCUACUCAUGUCUUGUUGCAGGAUGAUGUUUCUGAUACAGAUAGUCGAACAUACUCACAAAUGAGAACACGAUCAGUCUCUAGAGUUAAUACUCAUUCCAUCUUGUCAAUGCAAUAAUAGUCUUCUAAUUAUAAAAUUAAUCAACCUCAUAUGACUCAAUAAAUGAUGGCCCAAUAAGCUAAUCUUCUCCCCUAAGUUGAUGAAGAUGAGGUUGAAAUGAUAGAAGAUCAAGAUCAAGAAUAAGAUCAAGGAGUCCAACCUAACUUUGACGAAUAGAUGAACAAUAGAAAAGAAUUCAAUCGGAAAAAUGACCCUAAGCAUACAGUAGAAACUGCUGGAUUUGGAAAUAAAUUUAAUAAACCUUCUAAUGUAGAAUAAGACAUGGACAAUUCUAUUGAAUCUGAGGAUGAAGAGGAAUAUUAAGAAGAAUCAAGUGGUUAACCUCAACAACAAAUGGGUAAAUCAAUUUCAAAAGGAUCCCAAAGUCCCCAAAAUUCAGGAACAAAUCCAAGAAAUAUCCAAUAAAUGGGGUAGAAAGUUACCUUUAUUAAUCAAUCUACAAACUAAUAACAAUAAAGUGGAGCCAACCCUAAUGUUAGACCUAGAACUUCAAUCAAAAGGGGAACUACCAAAACUAAUAAUACAGCCAUAAUCUUUGAUAAUGUCUUAGCCGCAUUGUAGGAGAACUAAUUAUUAACCAUUGAAUUUGUAAAUGAUCUCAAAUAUAUAGCCUAUCAUAACUUUUCCAUCUCUUGGGGAUUUUGA